AUGUACUUUGGGUUGUUGAUAUGCUCCGACAGUUUCGUGAAUUUUCCAAAUCCAGACCAACAAGUUGGCAUCGUGCUAAUAUUGGCCCAUUUUUGGAUGUUGGUAUUACCGCGAAAAGACUACAAAUUUGUAGAACCUUUAAGCGGCCAACUGGAUGAGUCCAAAGUCCCGAAGUCAAGUUUACACAAUUGCGGAUUACCGGGGAAAGACUUUCAAGUUUAUGCGUGGCAGCUCGCACGCCUACAACGGGGAAAAUCGCUUGCUGUUUUUACCUUGAGACGUGAUCAGCACAAGGUUUACUCUGUACCAAAGAAAAAGGGUGGACAGUCGUAUCUGUGACGAGAUAAUCCGGAAGAAUUUCUGCAAACGUUCAAAAGUUGUAAAAUCCCGAAACAAGUGACUAUUCCUCGGUAAGCUGGUGACAACGGACUCAGCCAUGUAGCCCUUAAAUUCGAAAUUCAAAAUUCGCGUUGUGCAAAUGCCUUGUGGGCGUAGUUCAGCUUUCCAGGCACCUGCAUCCGACUCUUGCCGCGUUACAACGAGAAUA